AUGGACUCCAUUUGCUAUUAUCUGUGUUGUUGUGGACUCUGUUGUUAUCAGAAGAAGACUUCGGGUAAAAGUGAGAAAAAAGGCGAAAACAAAGCGGCGGUCGUCGGCCUCUUUGCUCCGCCACAGAGAGCGGCGUCAGUGUCUCAACGGUCAGACUCGAAGUCGUCAUCGAUGGCCGACAAUCCGGAGGGUCUUCGGGUGGGCAGCAAAUAUGUGGUCGUGCGAUACGUCGCCGGCGGCUCUUUUGGCCGCUUUUAUUUGGGCAAAAACAUUGUGACCAACGAAGAGAUCGGCAUUAAACUGGAGAAACAGGACAUCGAGAAGAAACAGUUGCCCUUUGAGUUCCGCUUUUACAAGAUGUUGGACGCCGUCGACGGUCCGAGGAGGAAGGGUAUACCGCGGAUCUAUUUCUUCGGUCCGUGCGGUCCGGCCUGGAAUUCGCUGGUCAUGGAUCUGAUGGGCCCGAGUCUGGAGAAUAUACACGACAAGUGCGGAUCGAAGUUCUCGCUGAAGACCACGAUAUUGAUUGUGAACCAACUGUUGGACGUCUUCGAGUUCUUCCACAGCAAAGGCCUCAUCUAUAGGGACACAAAGCCGGAGAACUUUAUGUUUGGCCGCUCGGGAACCGAUACCUACAAUGUGGUCCAUAUCCUUGACUUAGGCCUCUGUAAGGAGUAUUUGGACGACGAGGGAAAGCACAUCCCGUAUGUCGACGGCAAGGGAGUGACCGGAACCGUACGCUAUAUGAGCAUCAAUAAUAACAGAGGCAAAGAACAGGGCCGGAGGGACGACAUGGAAGCGCUGGGCUAUAUGUUUGUCUACUUUCUUCGGGGAGAGUUGCCGUGGAUAGGAGUGAAGGCCCCGACAGUACAGGCGAAGUACAAUCAAAUCGCGCGGCUUAAAGAGUCGACAACACCCGAGAAGCUCUGUUGCGAUAUUCCUCGUGAGUUCGCCCAAUACCUGAAUGCCGUCAAAGCGCUGGACUUUACGGCCGAACCUAAAUAUAAGGAUUAUAUUCAGAUGUUUAGCAAAUUGUAUAAAACAAAAGGCUUUAAAGAAGACAACGCCUAUGACUUUGACAGAAAUCAUAACCUGAAGAAUAAUUCAGUUUUUAUUUGA